CCUAAGACUUCUUAACGUCGUCAUUUUUGGCUCGGGCGAGGACCCGUAGUGACAUAAUUGCUGGAAACUGUCAUAGUGGCAAGAUGGCGACGGAGCCAAAUAAGACUGAAAUCCUCACCAUUUUCAAAAGAUUGAGAUCUGUUCCUACGAACAAGGUAUGUUUUGACUGUGCAGCUAAAAACCCCAGCUGGGCCAGUAUUCCAUAUGGUGUCUUUUUGUGCAUUGACUGCUCCGGCAUUCAUCGCUCUCUUGGAGUACAUCUCAGCUUCAUCAGAUCCACUGAGUUAGACUCCAACUGGAACUGGUUCCAGCUGAGAUGUAUGCAGGUUGGAGGCAAUGCCAAUGCGACCGCCUUCUUCCGGCAACAUGGCUGCUCUACAAACGACACGAAUGCCAAGUACAACAGUCGUGCAGCUCAGAUGUACAGAGAGAAGAUCAGGCAGCAAGCAAACGCUGCUUUGUCCAAAUAUGGUUCUGAUCUUUGGAUUGACUCGUGUGCAGGAGUGACACCUGCUCCUCAAGAGAAGAAAGAUACGGAUUUCUUUGCUGAACACACACAGCCUGCAGACUCCUGGAGCAUGGCUGUGAACUCUGACAAAGAGCAGAAUGGAGCUGCCAUCACUCCUCAGCUGUCAGACACAACAACCAAAGUCCAGGAUGACAGCCAGCUCGAGGAAGGGCCAAGCAUCGACGGUCUGAGCACGUCACCCAAAGCCUGCAUGGAGGACUCCAUGCGUUUGUCAACUCAAGACGGACAGAUGACUGGAGAUGUGAAGCCUUCCAUCAUUGGAAAGAAGAAGCCAAUGGCUGCCAAAAAAGGGCUCGGUGCUAAGAAAGGCCUCGGUGCUCAGAAGGUGAGCAGUAAGAGCUUCUCAGAAGUGGAGAAACAGGCACAGGUUGUUGAGAAGCUCAGAGAGGAGCAGGCCGCUGAGGCAAAGAAACAGGCUGAGGAGUCCAUUGUGGCGUCGAUGCGUUUGGCUUACAAAGAGCUGGAAAUUGACCGGAAGAUGGAGGACAGGAAGCUUCAAACCAUGGAGGGCAAGAAGAGGGAGCAGGCAGAGAGGCUGGGCAUGGGCUUUGGAAACAGAAGUGCUGUGUCUCACUCAGUGAUGUCAGAGAUGCAGAUGAUCGAGCAGGAAACUCCAGUUGGAGCCAAGACCUCCUCUCGCUCCAAACUGGAUAUGUAUGAUGAGCCUGGUUUCACCUCUGGACCACCAAAGUACAAGGACAACCCCUUCACAGUGGGCGAUAGUUUUGGAUCCAGGUGGGAUACAGAGGGAGGGACUGCCUCCUUCACAACAUCCUGGGCUUUGGAAAAAGAAGAGCCGAAAGAGGAAGUCACCAUCUCCAGUAUUCAGCCAAUCGGAGAGAGACUUCCCAGCAGAAGAAAAGCUGAGGUGUCUGCUCCGGUUUCAGAGUCCAGUGAGGCCAGACAGAAGUUUUCUAAUGCCAAGGCCAUCUCCUCAGACAUGUUCUUUGGCCGAGAGUCCAGCACUGAGUACGAGGCAAAGACCAGACUGGAGUCCAUGACUGGAAGCUCAGCCAUCAGUUCAGCCGAGCUGUUUGGAGAUGAAGGAGACCACAAAGGACGAGCCUCAGGCUUGGACAACAUGCUUCCCUCUGGCCCUGACAUUGCACAGUUCAAACAAGGAGUGAAGACGGUUGCAGGAAAGAUGGCCGUCCUCGCCAAUGGUGUCAUGAAUACAAUCCAGGAUCGUUACGGCUCAUACUAAAUGGACACAGAAACGCGUUACAGCCUGCGGGAAGACGAACCGACAUCUGCGCAGAGCCGGCCCGCUUCCUGCAGACGUGACACGUGGACAUGACAGAAAACAGAGUGGAUGAUGCAUGAGGAACAGAAACAGUCUAAUCGUCCGUCCCUCUUUUCAGAGACACUUUUGACAGGAGUGAGACAGUAUUCUCUCUUCCCUUCUCAUGAGCAAACUCUUGUUUUAUUUUCACAAGGAAAAAGAAAAAAGUUUUGUUGUAAAAAAAUCCAUCAAGAAUUUUUUUGGUCUUCAAUUUUCAAAAGAAAUUCUAUUUUAUUCCUUCUUCAUAAAUCAGUGUUUUUGAUUUGUUUUAUAAAUUCAUUUUCACUCUUACACUUUCUUUUUAUGGUGAUAUUAAAAGCAUACAUUUCUAAUUUGUAGAGUUGAGCUGAACCAGAGUCAGUGAUGUUUGCAUUUAAGUUUUGUUGUUUUCGUUUUUUCCAUUUCGUUUUUUCCAUUGACGUUCAGCACUGAUGACCAGCCGCUGUCUUGUCUGUGAGCACAGACUUGAGAGCUCGUGUCUGAAUGAAAGUGAACAGGAUUUUGAUGAUGUCACAGCUGCUGUGAUGUGUUCAGUGUUUUUAAAAAGGCACAAAUUAGUGUCAUACCUCUGAUGUAAGGAGUAGGAAUCAACAGCAGACCCGAGCUCUUUCAUUUACUGUAAAAAAAAAAAAAAAAAAAA